AUGUCCCCGCAAACCCCCACCAGUGUCCAAGUGCCCCCCGUCCUUGGAGGCUAUCACCUUUAUCAAUUAUUGGAGUCCAACGCGCCCACCCACAUCUAUCUGGCUACUGACUACGAGACCGGGAUUGAUGUUGCCUUGAAGGUGGAGCAUCAUCUGAAGGCUACUUCACGGUCGGCCAUCCAAUAUGAGCAAAAGAUUUACUCGCACCUCCCUGCUAAAUCGGAGGGAAUCCCUCAGUUCUUUUCGGGUGGGUCUUUGGGUGGCUGGGAGUACAUCGGGGUAGAGCUUCUGGGCCCCUCUGUCGCUACCUUGCUUGCGGAGAGCGGUCGCAGCAGCCUUGAACUGCACAGUGUCUGUUGCCUUGGGAUGCAACUGAUUGAUCGGCUAGCCCUUCUUCAUGAUCACGGCAUCCUGCACCGUGAUAUCAAGCCCGAGAACUGUGUCAUCGGCCUGACGCCUGGCACAGAGCAAACCAUCUAUCUCACGAACUUUGGCUGUGGCAAGUAUAUCCGCCACCCACUGAGAUUCAUGAAUGAUGGGGAUUUACAAAUGGGUUUCUUCACGUAUAUCAUCCCUCCUUUCGUGACUACCUUAGCCUACACCUACCGGGAUGAUUUUGAGGCACUCGCACUCACCCUCAUCCACCUGAUCAAGCCAUAUGGCCUUCCUUGGGCUAGGAGGGGGAUGCUUCGGCAAGAGGAUCGACUCGGACAGCAGCUUCUUUCAACCGCCAAAGCGAAUACUGCCAUGGAAGGCCUUUGCAGCAACAUCCCCACCAUUUUCAAGGACUUUCUGUUGUACUGUAGGUCCAUGAAAGUAAAUGAAUACCCUGAUUAUCAACAGUGGCGAGACCGACUUUCGGAGCCCAUCGUUGAGAAGGGGUAUGAGGCCGCCUCCCCCUUCUAUUGGCCUCCACUUCCGUUGCCUUCAAGCCCGCGUGCUUCAAGACACCAUUCACCUGUCUUUAUCUCCCCUCAAGAAACCCACCAUUUAAGCCUAAGCCCCAUCCCUCUCCACCUUCCCACUCUCCCUGCUCAUAGCCCUCAAGAUGACUUCCAUGAGCUCCUUCUUGGAGGGCAUGCCACCAAGGCGGCCCUAAUCAAGAUUCUCCGGUUUGACAUUCUGCCAUUUGCAAACAGCAACAGAAAACUUGCUGAUGUGGUGCUGCAAUUCUGCGACGUUCUCCAAUUCCAUCGGAAUGGACCCUACAUUACUAAGGAUGGUUUCGAGUUUUUGAAUCAGCUUAUCAACAAGCUGAGUGGUGGCCUGGAAGGUGUUUGGCAUUUUGACAAAGAAGAAGGUUUUGUGGCUGUCAAAUUGGCUGAGCUUGAGGAUCUGCGUGAUGAAGUGAGGGCUGCCCGCAAUAAGCAGCAACUUGCGAAGAUGGUCAUCUGCUUUGGUGAAGCGCACCGCGGAAAGCAUGAUAAAAAGGCAACAAAGAAUGGCUUCAAGUUCCUCCAGGGGCUUGCAGCUCGACUCAAGACUCUGUGA